CCGUGGCGCCGCGGCGGGGGCGGAUGCGCGGGCGGGCGGCGGGGCCGCUAGGCCGGGGCUCCGCGGGACAGGCCGCCAGGUACCGGCGGGCGUGGGGGUCCCACGGCCGGGGAGGGAGAGUACCCCAGGUUUGACCAUCAAAUAUGAUUCUUUGCCUGCUGCAUGAAAUUCCUUAAGUACUUCUUUUGCCGUUUGGCCACAUGGCUUCAACUACAAUGCAACAAGCUUUAGAACUGGCAUUGGAUCGUGCCGAGUAUAUCAUUGAAAGUGCCCGUCAGAGACCUCCCAAAAGAAAAUAUUUAUCCAGUGGAAGAAAAUCUGUAUUUCAAAAACUCUAUGAUUUAUAUAUAGAAGAAUGUGAAAAAGAGCCUGAGAUAAAGCAGAAGCUGAGGCGAAAUGUGAAUUUACUUGAGAAGCUGGUUAUGCAGGAGACGUUGUCGUGUCUGGUGGUGAACCUCUAUCCAGGAAAUGAGGGUUAUUCACUGAUGCUCAGGGGGAAAAAUGGUUCAGAUUCUGAGACCAUUCGUCUGCCUUAUGAGGAAGGGGAGCUGCUUGAAUAUUUGGAUGCAGAGGAACUACCACCUAUUUUGGUUGAUCUUUUGGAAAAAUCUCAGGUUAAUAUUUUCCAUUGUGGAUGUGUCAUAGCAGAAAUACGUGACUAUAGGCAGUCUGGUAACAUGAAAUCCCCAACGUACCAAAGCAAGCACAUUCUUUUGCGACCUACAAUGCAGACUUUAAUUUGUGAUGUGCAUUCUAUAACAAGUGACAACCACAAAUGGACACAGGAGGACAAACUCCUACUUGAGAGCCAACUUAUCUUGGCUACAGCAGAGCCUUUGUGUCUUGAUCCUUCAAUAGCAGUGACCUGUACUACAAACAGACUCCUGUACAACAAGCAGAAGAUGAACACUCGCCCCAUGAAACGGUAGUUUUCAGGAUGAAACAUGUUUU